AUGAAAACGCUCAUUCGGUCUGUAACGUUGAUAAUUACAGCUCUCAUUUUCCCACAUAGUUGGGCAAAUGAUCAAGAGAAUAUUGCUUUAAGCUAUCUGAAACGUUUUGGCUAUAGUUCAUGUAAUGACACGCCAGCAUCAACAGUGAAAUGUAGCGAAAGUUUCAAUGAGAUGCUGAGAGAUUUACAACGAUAUUUUGGUUUGAACAUUACCGGUGUUCUUGAUGCGCCAACUCGAUCGAUUAUUAAUACGCCUCGAUGUUCCAUGGUGGACAAGCCCAAUCCGUCUUUAAUACAUCGAUUAGCCACUACCAAAUGGCCUCGACUCAGUCUCACGUAUCGGCUUGAUUCAUAUGCCCAUCACACCGAGAUUACUCAGGCUAAACAAAUCGAAAUCAUUCAGGAAGCGUUCAAUGAGUGGUCGAAACAUACACCAUUAAAGUUUAAAAUGGUGUGUGAUACAUGCUCAGCCGACAUCGUGAUGCAGUUCGUCGAAGGUGAUCAUGGUGAUGGUCAUCCGUUUGAUGAAAAAACAUUAGCCCACGCCUUUCCUCCUAACGACGGCCGCAUUCAUUUUGAUCUCGACGACACGUGGACAGAGUCAUUCGAUUCGCCAUCGAAUAACGAAAUCAAUUUGUUUCUUCUUGCCGUUCAUGAGAUCGGACAUGCACUCGGCCUGGAACAUACAAGAAACGGAGAAUCAAUCAUGUAUCCAACGUAUCGAUUGAAAAAACGAUCAGAAGUACUAGCAGCCGUUGAUCAGACAGAAAUUCAGGCCUUGUACGAUAGUAAGACUGUUCAAGAAACGUUUGGUAGCGCAAAAUAUAUCGGCGAAACGAAAAACAGUGUGAGACAUGGCUAUGGUCAACUUGUGUUUGAGAAUGGGAACAAAUAUAAAGGUGAAUGGAAAAAUAACCAGCGUGACGGCUAUGGGGUUCAGAUAAAUACAGACGGAAAGAAGUAUAGUGGCGAAUGGAAAAAUCAUUUACGGAAUGGCCAUGGUGCAUGCACAUGGGCGAAUGGGAACAAAUAUGUCGGGGAAUGGAAAAAUGAUACACUUAAUGGUCGUGGAGUUCAUACAUGGGCAAAUGGUGAUAAAUACGAUGGAGAAUGGAAAGAUGGCAAGCGUAAUGGCUAUGGCAUCCAGAUAAAUGUAGACGGUAACGUAACGAAUCCGAUUAUUCCGAAAGAGUUAAAGGAUAAUCACCUGAUUUUUACUCGUGAAGACCAUAAAGCAUGGACCAUUGUACCAUUCAACAUUUACUGA